UUUUUUCUUCUCCUGGGUGUGAUGAAACAACCUUUAGAUUUUUGCUCAUCUCCUCUGGCUUUGAGAGCUCUGAUGGAGCCGUUCAGCGGUUUCUGUGCAUAAACUCAGCCGCUGACGGUGGAACCGAUGAGACAUCAUUCCUGUAAAGCAAGGGACUUUAAUGCGGCAUGGAUGCUAGCAACGGUUGCUGAAAGAAGGAGAAACCUAAUCUGAUAACCAUGCCUCCACACCCCGUGGUCCAGGCUAUCAUUGAUCUCUCUGCAGGAGCAAUAGGAGGAGCCGCCUGUGUGUUCAGCGGCCAGCCUCUGGACACGGCGAAGGUGAAGAUGCAGACCUUUCCCACUCUGUACCGGGGGUUCGUGCACUGCCUGGUGUCCACCUAUAAACAGGUGGGCAUGCGCGGCCUGUACCGGGGAACCACGCCCGCGCUCAUGGCCAACAUCGCCGAGAACUCUGUGCUCUUCAUGAGCUACGGCUUCUGCCAGCAGGUCAUCCGCUUUGCAGCUGGGCUGCAUAGAGAAGCUGUGCUGAGCGACAUGCAGAAGGCCUGUGCCGGCUCAGUAGCUUCCAUCUUCUCCUCGCUCGUUCUUUGCCCCACUGAGCUCGUCAAGUGUCGACUACAAGCCAUGCAUGAGAUGGAGACGUCCGGCAGGAUUGCUAAGAGCCACAACACUGUUUGGUCGGUGGUGAAAUCCAUCAUGAGGAACGAGGGACCGCAGGGGUUCUUCCAGGGACUGACCACCACCAUAGCCAGAGAGGUGCCUGGCUACUUCUGCUUCUUCGGCGCCUACGAGCUCUGCAGGACUGGAUUUGCAGACUACAUGCAAUGUGACAAAGACGACAUAGGUGUGGCUCCCAUCGUCUUCAGCGGCGGCUUCGGAGGGGCGUGCCUUUGGCUGGUGGUCUAUCCUAUGGACUGUGUGAAAUCUCGAAUUCAGGUCAUGUCCAUGACGGGAAAACAGGCGGGGUUUUUCAAAACCUUCAUGACUAUCGCUCGCUCUGAAGGAGUGAGAGCUCUGUACUCCGGCCUCACCCCCACCAUGGUCCGCACCUUCCCGGCUAACGGAGCACUCUUCCUGGGCUAUGAGGCCAGCAGGAAGCUCAUGAUGAAGCAGUUCGACAGCUGAACUCCAUUAAGCUGCUACACUCCCUCUAUGUUACUGCCCAUGACACAGCUGCUUUGAUGUUUCCUUAACUUGAUGUUAAAUAUAUUUUUAAACUCAGUUUUGUUUGACAGCGUCAGACUGAACAAAGCCGUGCAGUGAAACAGUGACACUCCAGCUGGUGCUUUCACUCCUACCUCUACAACAUCAUGGCUGCAUCAAAAAUCAUCUCAUUAGAAGGAAGUGGGACGCUUCCAAUCAUUGCUCCUUAAGCAUAGGGAGCUAAUGACCUUUUUAUCUAAUGUUAAGGUGCUAUAAGGAAUCCCAGAGUCCUUUGCGUGAAACAAUGAAUAAGCACAGCCCAGUCAAGCAUUAUCCAUGUACUCAGAUGACUUUGGACACGCCUUUCUCUCUCUGCCAGAAGACGUGCUGUGUUGAGAAACACAUUUUAUUUUGAUGCAGUAACUCCUCUUUAAAACUCUUAGCAUAAAAGCGUUAUAAAAAAUAUCAUUAAGUGUCA